AAUCGUAUUCGGUAUUCGUUCACUGUCUUUGGAUCCGCGGUCGUGUACGGAACGUUUUUCCUUCGAGUAAAGUGUGUUGUACCCAGUACCAGUGUCCGCGUUUCAUCAGAGCAGUAGCUAGAUAUUAGAUAAAAAAUUUUGAUUUUUGGAAUAGAGGUGGUGAAAAAAGUCGGUUGUUGUUUGGAUAACUAAAGCUGAUUGCAAUUGCGAUAAGCAAAAAGUUGGCAAAUCGUAUGAGAAUCAACUUUUUGCCGUCAAUUAGCGAUUUCGGAGUUUUUCAUAUUCUGCGUUUCCUUUAAUUCAGAGGCGCUCCGGGAAACUAGAAAUCAUCGUUAAAAAAAGAAAUUCCGGUCAUAUCUUAAUCGCAAAUUGCUGCUGGCUAUUCGAAAGGUGUCAAUUGAGUGUGACCGAAGGAAAAAGUGUUUACGUAAUUUCGCUAAAUUUUCGUUGUGUAAUGUGAAGAAUCGUUCUCGACUCGUGUGUGUCUAGCAGAGAGGGCCAGUUUUAGCAAAUUGUUCAACGUGUGGGAAAGAAAAGACGGGAUCCAAUUUUACUAGUACGUGUGUAUUGGUGCAAGCCCUUUUUGUGAAAACUCGCCCCUUCCCCCAAACGUCGUUGCAACCACUACUUCAAAUUUUGUUCCUGCGAACGUCAGCCACAGCAUUAAGGACCUUUUCAGUGGUGGUAAUACUUUGCUUGUGUAAUGGCGUUUCUGCGAUCCGUUUCUCGCUGCAAUAGUUUUGUGUCGCGUAAAGUGUCUUCGCCGUCGUUGAUCGUCAGUGGAUCUCAUUCAUUGUCCCAGCGGGGCAUUCCGUUGAGCGAUGUCCUUGCCGCAGCAAGCUACCAGGCCUCAUCGAUCUAUUUGAACCGAGCCGGGCAACUUCACCAACGUCGAUUCCGAUCGGUGGCAGCCGCUACCAACCCAAGUGGAGUUCACUUGGCUAACCAACAAAAUGACCCCAGUUCGCCCCAGCGGGAUCCGCUGGAUGUCAGCUUUAACGAUCCGAACGCCGCUUUUAAAAGCAAAACGACGCUAGAGCUUAUACGGGCGUACUUCGUAUAUCUUUUGUGCUCGUCCGAGUUUUUGGUGGAGAACAAUAUGAAGCUGAUGAAAUUGGCACGAACAAUCCUCGGCGAGAAACUGUUCACCCUGAUAAUGAAGUACACAUUCUACGGUCAUUUUGUGGCUGGUGAAGAUCAGUUCAAAAUUGCUCCAACACUCGAAAGAUUGCGAUCGUUCGGUGUUAAGCCCAUUCUAGACUACUCGGUCGAGGAGGAUCUGUCCCAGGAGGAGGCAGAGAAACGUGAAGUUGAAGCUUCCGUGUCCUCUACUGGAACGAACCUUUCGGGAGAAGCUACCUCCCUGCCGCAAUACAGCGUAGACAAAACGUUCGCCGAUCGACGCUACAAAGUACAAAGUGCUCGAACCUAUUUCUAUCUCAAUGAGGCGACUUGCGAGCGCAACAUGGAAACAUUCUUGGAAUGUCUGGAUGCGGUCAAAGGAGCCACAUUCGGAACUGGAAUUACUGCCAUCAAGUUGACCGCUCUCGGUAGACCUCAGCUGCUGCUUCAGCUUUCCGAGGUCAUCAUGCAAGCGCGUAACUACAUGAUGGAACUGGCUGGUGCCACCGGUAACGUACUCUCACAUCACAAAACAAUCAAAGAUCUGGAACGAUAUCUGAGCAAAUUCGCAGACAAAAAGGAAGUCAAAGACUUUCUCGAUAAGGUCACCUCCGAUAAAGAUGGAAUUUUGCACUUAUUCCCCUGGACGGGAAUCAUCAAUGAAGACUGCGAGCUAAGUGACACGUUCCGAGUGCCCGACCCCGUUACCGGUCAGAUGCGCCGAUUGAUCUCCCAGAUUCCACCCAAGGAGGAAGAAAUGUUCCGGAAUAUGAUUAGACGAUUGAAUACGAUUGUGAAGGCUGCGCAAGAUCUGGACGUGCGCAUAAUGAUAGAUGCUGAACAGACCUACUUCCAACCUGCCAUUUCCCGUAUUACCCUGGAGAUGAUGCGUAAAUACAACACUGAGAAAGCGAUUGUGUUCAACACCUAUCAAUGCUAUCUGAAGGAAACCUAUAAGGAGGUUUGUACCGAUCUGCAGCAAGCCAAACGACAAAAUUUCUACUUUGGCGCUAAGCUAGUGCGGGGAGCAUACAUUGAACAGGAACGGGCUAGGGCUGCUGCCUUAGGUUAUGAAGAUCCAACGAAUCCCUCGUUCGAGGCCACUACGGAUAUGUAUCACAAAACCUUCACCGAAUGUUUGAGACGAAUCAGGAUCCUGAAAGAUGCAGGUGAAGAUCCAAAGAAGAUCGCCAUUAUGGUCGCUUCGCACAAUGAAGACACGGUACGGUUUGCCAUUGAGAAAAUGAAAGAGAUCGGAAUUCACCCCGAAGAUAAGGUCAUCUGCUUUGGACAGUUGUUGGGCAUGUGCGAUUACAUCACUUUCCCGUUGGGUCAAGCUGGCUAUUCGGCAUACAAGUACAUCCCGUACGGGCCGGUAAACGAAGUGCUGCCGUAUCUGUCGCGACGAGCUCAAGAAAACAAAGGUGUAUUACAGAAAAUCAAAAAGGAAAAACGUCUGCUACUAAGUGAGAUCCUUAAGCGGCUGGCCAAAGGUCAAUUGUUCUACAAACCGCAAGGAAAAUACGUACCGAUCUAAGCUAACUAUUAUUAGACAAGCUGUAAAGCUGCUACAAAUUUUGUAUAUCAAUGCUGACUACUCUAGUCGAUGGGGUAAAGAUUAUACAAAAGGGGGUGAUGAUACUGCUAAAGUGCAAACCAAACCGUACUAAAUCGUGUCCUAAGUCAACGAGUGUCAAUGGAAUGAUAAUAAUGAUUUUUUCAUCUUACUCCCACCCCUCAGCCUGAUGAUUAUAAAAUAUUUGUAACAGUUUGAUAGUAGCAAAAUAUUACGUCCGAUUGAUACACACACACACAUAGCUACACUUACACACCCACACAGAAAGACAUGCACUCAUACGGGUGUCAUUAUUUGUGCAUACCUUUUAAGCAACUACAACUGUUCCGUUCUGGAUGGUAGAGUCAGCCUACGAAACGGGAAGAGUGUUGUGAAAGUAAAUUUGAAUACUUGUCCAUGUUAGAACAUCGGCAGCAAAUUCAGAUUCAGAUGAGCUAGUUUGAUUCGAACGAAAUCCUCGAAAGAAGCGUUGGUUACAGCAAUUACAACACACGAAACAGUGGUGAUGUUAGGAAUACUGACUAUACUAAGUAUAACCGAUAUGAAAAGAGUUGACGUCGCCGUCACACACCCGGCUGCCACGCGAAAGCGACAGUUUCUCGAAGUGAAUAGUAUUGGUAACAGUGAUGAUAUUAUUUCUGAAACCAAAUGCGUGCACCUUCCCCCACACCCCCUCAACCACCACGAUCCAUUGUUUUUAAAACAUUUCUCUUCUGAUCGAGAAGAAAUCGAUUUAUUUGUGAUUGUAAUUUUAAUAGCUUUUACGAAUUAGGGCGAAUAAUUAUUAUUAAUAAAUUUUAAUUUAAUCAGUCUAAAUUUAGGCACCUAUGUUUGGUUUGCCAAUAUGGUAUUAUUAUUUCUUCUCAUAGAAACUCCCUCAGAAUAAGAGAAUACACUUCUCAUAGCGUCUAUCACCGAAUUAAUAUUUAAACCAAAAACCACUAUUCUACUGCUCAGUAGAAAGUAUAGAAACUGCCUCAGGUCGACUAAAUAGUAGAGGAUGUCAAGUUCGUAUUCAUCAUAACAAAACGAGAGCAUAAUGUGUUUGAAAAUGUAUCCUGACUAAAAUAAUCCUUUCUGAAUGUUGCAUUGUUACAUUACCACAAUACACAGAUACUAGUAUUGCAGGACCCCGACUUUCAGUGAUUCGUAAAUAUGUGUGCUACCGAAAAUGAAAUGAAAUGAAAUUCUCGAUGUUGAUUCAAUUUCUAGACUGAUACGAAAAAGUGCAGAGCCUUCAACCACACAUUUUGAAACGCUCGCCCGAAAGCAAACCGCAACAAUUAGUUGGCUGUUCGAAACUAAACAAAAAAGCAAAAAUCUGCAGUUUUAUCACGUCAACCGACACAGUAUAAAUUAAACAAUUGAACGCACUCAACACUAUACUAAAUACUAUUCAAAUAUUGACAAUAAUUGAGCAAAAGUUGAAAGGAAACUAUUAUAACUGGAACAAGUUAAACGUGAACGAAAUCAACUGAUAACUAAAAACCUAUAUGAAUGUAAAAUGUACGUUGUAAGUUUCUGAACAAGCGUUAGAGUUAGGAGAAAACCAAGAACAUUGAUGCUUGUCUCUAUAGUUUAGUAAAUAGGAACACGUUCGUGCAGUCAUAUUACUGGUAAUGGAUGGUGUGAACUAAGGAAAUUACGGCGUGAUGCUUGAAAACUCAAAUAUACAAACGAAUUAGAAUCAAUUAAAAAUAUGACAGCAUAAUUACAAACGUAGUAGUCAAAAUGCAACAUAUGAAGGCGAAGAUUGUCGAUCUAUUCGAACCCAUGCUGACCUGUGACUAUGGUUGCUAGUAAAAAAAAAGUGUUAUCCGUAAGUUGUGUAAAAAUAUAUAAAUCAAAAUAAAAUCGAUAAAAUGAGA